GUCACCGUUAAGCUUUACAAGCUGAACUAUGGUGUAAAGUCUGGUGUUCAUUGUGAGGUUUGGAAGUUUGGAUAAAAACAAGUAAGACUGAACAAACCUGAAAACAUUUAAUCAAAUGACAUGUUUGAAAUGGUAAAAUCUUUUUUCUACAAAAAUAGUCAUGUCUAAAAUGUGAUUUUGAUCAUUUAACUAUCUCUGUGAGAACAGUGUGGAUUCUGUUUAUGUGACACAUUCUGUAGACGUCCUAGUUUGUGGUUAAAAGGUAAUUUUUUACAUCUCUGCAGAAUGCAUCCGGAGGUGUGAUCAGAUUCAUCUAUUUUUAAAAUAUUAGAGAUGUGACGGUUUAUUCUGCAGCACUCGUGCAUGUCACACAGUCUGUCUUCAGCAGCGACAGAGUGAAGGACCAGAUCAUGCUGUGGCUUUUCCAUGUGGGUGUGGUUCUGCUGAACAUUGCGUGGAUCUCCUUCUUUCUGACACCAGGUCCUCUCUCAGUACUUGUAACGAGAAGAAGCCGCAGCUCUGAUGAGGAAACGCUGUUAGCUGAAUUUUGCAUUAAUUCUCCAUCUGAUAAGAACCGGACACCAACCGAUUCUCCAUCUGAUAAGACCAGGACACCAACCGAUUCUCCAUCUGAUAAGACCAGGACACCAACCGAUUCUCCAUCUGAUAAGAACAGGACACCAACCGAUUCUCCAUCUGAUAAGAACAGGACACCAACCGAUUCUCCAUCUGAUAAGACCAGGACACCAACCGAUUCUCCAUCUGAUAAGAACAGGACACCAACCGAUUCUCCAUCUGAUAAGACCAGGACACCAACCGAUUCUCCAUCUGAUAUGACCAGGACACCAACCGAUUCUCCAUCUGAUAAAAACAGGACACCAACCUCAAAGACCAUCAAAAUAUUUAACUAUGGAAGUGGUUCAGUUGGUCCUGACAAAAUAUAA